GCGGGACCCAUGGCCCUGCCGGCGGAGGCGGCCCGGCUGGACGGGGGCUGGCAGGAGGUCUACUCGGCGCUCCAGUGGAUCCAGUUCACCAUGGCCAUGCUCAGCGUUGUAGGUUCCAGCUCGAUUAUUGCCUACGCCGUCUUCCAAAACGCAGUGAGGUCCCCCGAGGUGCGUCCACUUUUCUACCUGAGCCUCUCUGACCUGUUUUUGGGAAUGUGCUGGCUGGCUGGGGCUCUGCUCUACAGCUCACCCACUUCUCAGCAGGACCUCAUCUGCUACAACCUGCAAGCAACGGGACAGAUAUUCUACGUGGCCUCUUUCCUCUACACUGUCAACUACACGUGGCACCUGUACAGGGACCUAAAGGUGAAGUACAACCAGAACCUCUUCAGGGUGCUCCCCCAGGCUGUAGAUUAUGCAAGUUGUGUCGGCCGAAUAGCAACGAUCUCGUCGAGCCUCAUCCCUUUCCUCCUCAUGGUGCCGGUGUUUUGCCUGGGCAACAGCAGUAAUUGCUACCAGAACUUCAGCCAGAAGCACGGCUGUCUCCUGAUGCACACGGAGGUCGCCGUGACCACCAACGAGCCGCAGACCCUGAGCGGCUCCGUCUGCCGCGCGAUGCAUUUCUACGGCAUCGGGGUCUUCCUCAUAUCCUUCCUCAUCAGCUUCGUGGCCAUUCUGGUGAUCCUCAGCCAGGCCCGAGGUCUGUACAAGAGGUUUGUGAACUCCACAGGGUUCCUGGGGGACCAGCAGUGGGCCAUGAUUAAGAUGGUGGAACAACGAGUGGUCUUUUACCCCGUCGUGUUCUUCUGCUGCUGGGCCCCAGCUGUCCUCCUUGGAAUGCUGAAGUUGACUGUUUCAACAACCAGCAAGAUCUACAUGGCCCUGCUGAUCCUGCAGGCUCUCACAGCAGCUUCCCAGGGGCUCCUGAACUGCCUGGUGUAUGGAUGGACCCAGCACGUGUUCCUGUCCCUCAAACGCGGCGCCCGCCGGGACGUGGACACCCAGACCCCCCUCCUGCGCUCCCAGAAGAAGUUCUACUCCAGCACAGCCCCCACCAGCCCCCCAGACACUGAGGGCUCCACAUCCACGCUGCUCUGAAGUGUCCUGCCAGCACCUCCUCGUGUUUUAGGAAUGUCAUCCAGACCCGGGAUGGGGCUGUCGGCUCUGAACUGUCCCAGCCGUGGGGAGGGAGGAGCCUGAGCAGGUCUGUCAGAGACACUCAGUGGAGAUAGUUAUUUAUUUUACAGGUCACGUGGACUCUAAAUGAAUUCUUUCAACAUGGUAAAUCUCUAGUCCAGACUUUCUGCUUCUGGAAAUAUCUCUAGAAAUGCAGCAGAUGGUGUGUAACAGCUCAGAGGUCUCAUCCAGCUCCAGCAGAGGAUGUUUUACUUCUCCAAGUAUUUGUUUUAUUUCUUGAAGUAUUUGCCAUUGCAAAAUAACAGUAAAGCAAAGUGAAUAUUUUUCAUAUCUCUGACUUUGAAUUCACUAUAACCAUGAGAACAUGCACCAUACUAAGAGCCAACUGCAGGGAAUGAAGAACUGCAAAGCAGGAUAAAAACAUCAGUGCUCACUUCCAUGCCUGGAAUUCUGCACGUUUCCCUUCUGUUCUUCGUGCCAACCCCUGCUCAGCCACAAUACUCACAAAAAUCAGCUUCUUCAACCCUGUGGAGCAUCAUGAACCAGGUGAGCAGGAUUAAAUCUGAAUCUCUCUCUACAUUUCCAGAUGCUCAAGUGAAUUAUUUACUGAGGUCCAUCCAUGAUACAGAAAAUAAAAAAGAUCUUUAGCUGGGUUGAAAACAGCUCCCUUAAUUUACACUCUUUAUUUUCUAACAGCUUCACUUUUUGGGUCUAACCCAAAUUUUUCACAUAGCAGGUUAUCCAAGAAGAGGAAAUACUCCAGUUUGUGUAAUUAACUUACACAACUGUGUAAACUGUGUGUCAGUCACACAAUGCCCCUGGUGUUUUCGUCAAUGACUGAUUUUCCCUUACACAGUGAGGUUGAGCAAAACAAUUCACUUUUGCUGUUCCACAGGACAAAACCCAGGUCCAGCUACAACCCUGUUUGCAUCCAGAUCAGUUUUAAUGAGUCCUCUGCAGCUGGAGGCCAGGUCUAGUGCCUGAGUCCAGCUUUCCACUGCUGCCACGGGAAGUCCCACACAGGGGAGUUUUAACUCUCAGCAGCUUUUGAGGUGUCUUCUUCCACCUGGGCCUUUAAAUCCUCCUCAGGAGCCUGUUCUCUAGUCCCAAAGUUCAGACAUAAUGUCCCCUUGGGAGUCACAAGCAAAUACAGGGAGGUUUUAUAUUCCAAAAUCUUUCUGCCUGAGGUGAAUUGUGUAAUUUACCCCCUGAGCGCUGAUGAUACAGGACACUUCAUCCGGGCUGUUUCCGAACUGGGGGACAAGUUUCCUUGGAAUGCCUGUCUCAUAGGCUGUGUAGCCCCAGGAGUUCCAGGGGGAGGAUGGGACCCACUCCCUGGCACAGCCCCCUCCCCUCAGGGGCACGAGGAAGCAGCACAUUAAACACGAUUAAACACCCCCAUCUCCUCCCUGAGAGGCUCCCUGGGCUGACCCCAUCUGGGGACAGCGUGACAAGCCAGUGCAAUUUGUUUAAAAGGGGAUUAAGGCUUCAGAAGUGGGAAGUGAUGGAAGAUUAUCUGGGAAACAAUGCCAGGAUUGCUCAUGGAGCUUCAGCUGUGGCAGUGAGAGCCCUCAGGGGGUGCUGACAGACCCUCACAAGCUCAACACAUCACUCGGUUUGAGGGGAGUCUUCUUCCUGGACAGGGAAGGGCAUUCCUUGGGCCACACUUCCUCCUGGAAGUAGGGCAGAGUAGUUUUGUGCCACUUCUGGAGAGCACUCCCAGCUGGUUUGGCUGCCUUUAAGUGCUCCCAGGAAAUUGUUCUCUCACUCCCUUUCCCAGUUUGGAUGCUCCAACCCAUCCGACCCACUAUUAAUUCCUCAAAGGCACCAAGCAGACUGAUGUUACCUCUCACUGAGAAGAGGCUCUGGACACUCACAGCUGCCCCACCAUCCCUUCUCAGAGCCACUUUUGCUCAUGGAACAAGGGACAAUGGGAUAAGGGUCUGUCUGGCUCCUGUCAACAAAUCAAACCAUACUUGAGGAUAACAAAACUAUUUCCAGAGGCAGGAAGGGCACAAGUGCCACACUGAGGUCACUCUUCUGUGUCCAGAAAGGUGAGGGGAGCACUCCAAGCUCCUUGGAAAAGCCCAGGGCCAGCCUGAAGACAGGCCAGUCCACUUCUCAUGGACCAGUGUCUCCCAGUCCUGCCACAGGUUCCAUCAGGGCUCCCACUUCACUCACCUCCAGAUCAGCCCCUACAGAGAUCAUCCUCCUACAGGAAGUGCUUCCCAGUUCCAAUGUCACUGAAAUGGCACUGACAGGGGAAUGUCACUGAACACAGAAGGACUCAUCCCUCCCUCCCUCACUGCCCAGUCAUGGCUACAACAAUCCUACAAACCUGGGGGCUGAACUGGGAGCACUGGGCAGGUGCUGCUGCCAGCUAAUGGAAAGCUGGGCUUAAAAAAGGCAGUUUUGGAUUAUGUUGCCAGGCAAAGCACACAAAUUCCUAGGGAUUCAUCCAGCCCAGCCUGUCAGUCAUCCUUUCAUCUCACAGUAAAGCCAAGUGAUUAUUCCCAUUGGUGAGGGAGGUGGGAUGGGGGCUGAGAGUGGCAGGAGAAUAAUGGGAUCAUUAAGGUUGGAAAAGCCAUCUAAGACUGAGCCAACAUUCCCUCAGCACUGUCACAUUCCCCACAAACCCAUGUCCCCAAGUGCUGCAUCCACACACCUUCUGGGCACUUCCAGGGAGAAGUGGGGUGGCAGGAGAAUAAUCGAAUCCUUAAAGGUUGGAAAGCCCUCUAGGACCAUUGAGUCCAACCUUUAACCCACCACCACCAUGUUCACCUCCAACCCGUGUCCCCAGGUGCCACAUUCACACACCUUCUGGACACUUCCAGGGAAAAGCGGGCUGGCAGGAGAAUCCCAGAGCUGUCCUUCCUCCCCUCCUGCCCUGCAACCAAACAAAAGCAGCCAGGAACUGUUGAGUUUAGUAAAAUCAUUUAUAUACACCGAGGGGGAAUAUUUACAAUAUAAUACUGAUCCCAAAGGAACUAACAGGGAACACUGAGGAGAGAAAUGGGAACAUCUCAACACACAGAAGUUAAACGUGGCAUGUGGGGACAGACUGGGAUUUCCAAAAUGAAAACCAGGAGUAAGGACAGCAAAACUUUGACAUGUUGCUAUUUCCAACUCAAAUCUUUUGCCCAGUCAGGUUCUUCUAAUUUUUAAUACAGAUAUAAAAGCAUAAAAUAAUCAAUCACAGGAGAAGUCAGAUAUACACCAAAUUUUGAAAAGGUCAAAUGAUUUCAAAGAUUUUUCUUCACUUAAAUAAAAUUCUAAAAAAAAAAAACAAACCAAAAACAAACAACCUACAAAGCUUUCCCACAUUUUUAGUGUUUGUACAAAGUCUUCUUUGAUCCCAUACAACCCUUCCAGCUCCAGAUAUUUACAAUAUUCACAGUCUGCCAUAAAGGAUCAGUAGAUUUAUUACCAAAUAAAACCUUACAGAAUCAAGACAAGAUGUCCUGCAUUUGUGUCAACCGAAAAAUAAAAUAAAACACAGGAAGGAGAAAGUCAAAUGCUACUUUAAAAUAUGAAAAUGAAUCCAUUAAGGUGUAUUUAACUUUGAAAUUUAAAACUUAACUUUUUAAAGAGACAAAAAAAAUCAAUUUUCUCAUAGAAAUAAAACCAUUUGACCUUGAAGUUUCAAAUUGUGUUUUCUUAAUCUGUCCCUCCUCCCUCUGCUUCAGAUCAGGCCUUUCUUACUUAUACCAGACAAUAAAAUUUAGAGUAAAUCCAUAAAAAGCAGUUCUUUGUGACAAAAUUCCAGUGCUCACCCUGGGAGUAGCUCCAAUCUGAUUCAUCUUCCUGCCAACUUCUGUCUCCCAAAAAACUGCCUGA